UCUGUCGCGAGUAUGUGACGUCACGCGCGUCACUGACAUCAGACCGAACGCCGCAAAACUCAAACCGGAGUAGCAACAAUGCUUUUCUACUCGUUCUUCAAGUCGCUGGUGGGCAAAGAUGUGGUGGUGGAGCUAAAGAACGACCUGAGCAUAUGUGGAACUCUUCAUUCAGUUGACCAGUACCUAAACAUCAAGCUCACAGACAUCAGCGUGACAGACCCAGAGAAAUAUCCACACAUGUUGUCCGUUAAAAACUGUUUCAUCCGCGGCUCGGUGGUGCGCUACGUGCAGCUGCCCGCCGAUGAAGUGGACACGCAGCUCCUCCAGGACGCCGCACGCAAAGAAGCCAUGCAGCAGAAGCAGUGAUGACCUGGCGGGUGAGGGUUCAUCUCAGCCGUUAUUGUUUCCACCACACAGGACUUCUUUGCUGUUAUUAUUAUCAUUAUUAUUAUGUUAUUAUGAGAGGAAAUAUCCCCAGUUUUAUUUCACGUGGAAAAAGGUUGGGGUCCGGCAGAAUCACUUGUCAGCGUUAUGUUGAAGCAUAACUUUAUUAGUUUAACUUUUUUUUUUUUAGACGGUUUGUCAUGUGACCUUACUUUUGGUCUUAUUUUGUAAAUGACUGCAUUUGUAGGAAAUAAAAAUACAAAAUGUCACACCA